AUGUCGAGCGGACUCUGCAGAAAGGUUGGCACAACAGAUGGUGAAACCUGUCAGGAUUUCGAUUUGCUGGCAUGGGCGAAAGGCUUCUGUGAGGUGGGGGAGCCGGUGACGGAUCAGCUUUGUUACUACGAAGACCAUUUGGCUAAACCUGGGGAAACCUUUCGUCAGCAGCUGCAGCGGCAAAUGGAGGAAGACUUUCGCAACUGCGCUGAGGAGCUAGACCAGGGGUCUGUGAGUGAGGAGCUUGCCGUGGGAAGCCCUUCCGCAGUACAGGCUUUGCUGCACCUGCUGGAGCGGCUGAUGCUGCUGCAUGAGGCGUGUCAGCCAUCGGGCGGAAAAGGCGAGUUGUGCUGGAAGAUCAAUUUUGAGGUGAACCAAAACGGGGCCUGCACAAAGUAUCACAACGACCGCUUCGACAACGUCCGUUUCGCCGUGACGCUGGCCGGCGACGGUACAGUCCUUGCUGGCCAGGCGAAGGUCGACUGGGAUUUCCUUGAGACAUGCCAGAGGGCCGUCCCGGCCCUUGCCGAGAAUCCUGAGCUCUCUGCAGCAGAGGCCCUCGCAGCUAUCCAGGAGUGGAACGAGAAAGUCUGUCCUGGUCACGUUGCUUCCGAACCCGGAGACCUGGUCAUAAUGAAAGGGGGGCACUUGACCAAGCAACCCUGCCUGCGCCGGGCACCCUACUCUGCCGGCGAAGGGUUUCAUCCUGCAAGGCUCCCCAUCACCUUGGAUCUCCUCCCGAAGGACGCGCUGCAGCAGUUCAUCGACAUGGAUUUCGGGGAUGCAGAUGGCAAGAACGAGCCCAUGAAUCAAGCUCUCCUGCCUCAGAGUCUUCUACCAGCGACCGUCCUCAGCGGUUUCCUCGGUGCAGGCAAGACGGCGCUCCUGACGAAUUUGCUCCAAAGCCGAGAGGGCCUUCGGGUCGCUGUCAUAGUCAAUGAUAUGGCAGAGGUUAACAUCGAUGGCUCGCUGCUGAAGUCCGGAUCUGAGCUCCUCAAGAGCCACGACAGGAUGGUGCAGAUGCAGAAAGGCGACAUCAGCUGUGUGCUCCGUGAGGAUCUCAUCGAGAACGUGACGAAGCUGGCUGCAGAGAAGCGGUUCGACUAUCUCCUUAUCGAAAGCGCUGGCAUCUCGGAGCCAAUGCCUGUAGCAACCACAUUCGUCCACGAACAUGACGGUAAAGCACUGCUUGGCAGUGUCGCUCGCCUGGACACGCUCGUGACCGUCGUUGAUGCUUCAAACUUCCUGAAAGACUACGAUGCAGAUCAGCAGCUGCGCGACCGAAAAGAGCUGGGAGCCGACGAGAAUGAUCCGCUACCUAGCCUAGACAAAGCUGAAUCUCGUCACUUUUGCGCCAGGUAG